AGACAAUUCAAGUUUUUGGUGGCUAUUUGGCUAAUGCUAAGACAUCGAUUAAUAAGGAAUUAGAAGAUGAAUUCAAAUGAGACCGUUUUUAAAAAAAGUUAAGAAAACAACAAACACCAAGCUAUUGUGCAAUUUAUGCACAUCGCCAAGGUGGUUGUAGGGUUGGUUUUACUUUUAAAAGACCGCAGCGAAGUUAUAUCUCUCGGCUAGCGACCUGUUGAUUAGCAACCAUCGUUGUUUACAUUUAGCCUACUAACAGGCUACCAAUUUGUUGAAAUGUAUCGUUUAUUCUUAAAGGUGUCCAACAAAUACCAGUAAAGCCGAUAAUUUACCACCGUAAAAGUCGUUCACAUAUCCGGUUGCAUUUAACCAAUGAUGGUGCAGAAUGUUAAUGACGAAGAUUGAUCAGACUGGACUCUUGAUGAAUCUUGCCUAGACUUGAAGGGCAGCAACCUGUCCGCUUCGUGCCGUCCACGAGAUGGAGUCUGUUUCUGUGAAGCGAAAAAUGGGUUAUGCACGCCAAGAAAAUGCCCGUCUUGCCAUGCAGGAUGUUCAACUCAUCACUGACCUGGAUGCUACACCGUAUGAACUCCUGUCCUCCAGCUCUCGGGACCACCUGCGAUGCUCAAAUGGGUGGUCUGUUAACAACGUAUCGGUCAUGAUGAAUGAGCAAAUGUUGCAUCUUGAAACAGCGGUUGAGACCAAAGCCAAAGAACUUAAGGCGGCAGAGCUGAGGGCAGAGCGUUGUCAGGAAGAAGCAGCACACAGUGACAUCAUGAUAACAACUCUGACGGAGAAACUAAGCGCUCUGAGAGAAGAGCUGGCAACCAAGACGGCUCUGGCCAAAAGGGCGGAACAACAAAGAAACCAAGCCCUCGAAAAUGCAGAGAAGCUCAAAGAAGCUUUCAAAGAGUACAAGGCCACCAUUGCCAGUAAACUUCAAAAGGUGACGGAGAAUGAAACCAAAUUAAAAGACAGUCUGAUCGAGCGCGAUCGUGAAAAAGAAGAGUUGGAACGAAAGUGCACCACGCUGGAGAGAGAAAAAGGCGAUCAAAGUCAUACAAUCAGCCAGCUAAAGGAGGACGCGAGGCGGGCAAAGACUUCUGCCGCUGAGUAUUCGGACCUCCAGGCCCAGCUGGAGGAUGCCGAGCGGCGGAGCUCAGACUUCCGCAGGCAGCUGACGGAGCGCAGCGCUGACUGCAGGGAGCUGGGCUCUCUGCGCAAGGAAGUGGAAGACCUGCGCGCCGUGACGAAGAACCAGGAGCUGUGCCUGGCCCAGAGCCGCAGAGUAGCCCAGCAGAGCCAAGCAGAGGCCACCAGCCUGGAGGCCAUUUUAUCUCUGCUGCAUCUCAGAGAGGAUGCUCUUGGACCAUUGUGUGUCAGGCCCUGCAUUUUGCCCCCGGUGGACCAUUCAGCAACUGCACAAACGCUGAACCUGAAACCCGGUGAAGGCUACCAGCAUCUAUUACAAGUUCUUCAGGUGAAGGAGGCCGAGCGGAUGAAACAACGCAGCCUGGUCGAGAAGCUUCAGGACCGCCUGAGCCGAGCCCAGGAGGAGAAUUUGUCUCUGCAGAGCUCCUUGGCCCAAAGUGCUUCUCACUACCAAAACCUCCAGAUGGAGCUGAUGGACAAAGCCAACCAAGCCGUGGCCUCAGAGAAAGAGCUGAAGAGGAAGAGUGCUCGAGUUGCGGCGCUGGAAAAACAGUUAGAGCAGAAAACGUCCGCCUAUGCUCAGGCUGCGUUGAAGAAUACAGAACUGGAUAACCAGCUGCAGGAGAAGACCAGCACUCUUCAACACUACCAAACUCUGAUGAGCAAAAAGCAAAGAGAAUACCAACAAUCUUUGGAGAAGACUAAACAAUCACAUAGUCAGCAAUGCACCGAGCAGCAGCACAGAAUUGACGUGCUGCAGCUGUCUGUGGACGAUGCUCAUUCUCGGCUGCUCGAGGCGAAGCAGGAGCUGACUUCUCUCCAGAAAGAACGUGAUGGGGCGCUAGCCUUCGUUGAAGAGCUGAAACAGGAGAAGCAAAUUGAAGCGAGACACAAUGAGGAGCUGCUCCAGACUUUACAGGAGCAGGCAGCUGAGUCGGCCACCAAGAUAAGUGAGCUCCAGUCGUCCCUGUCAGGCUGCCGAGAGGAGCUGACGCGGCAUCUUCAGCAGAUGGAGGAGAUGCGCAAGAGCUACGAGUCUGAGCUGCAGAGAUCCAAAGACCAGGUGCGUUCGCAGCAGGAAAAGCUUCACGACGCCACUCGGGUGGCUCAGGCUUCCAGUGAGCAAAACCUGCAGCUUCAGCUUUCUCUGCAGCAGCAGCAGACGAUGCUGACUGAGAGCACGGCCCGCAUCGCCGAACUGGAGGAUAGCCAGAGUCAACUGCAGCAACAGGUGUCCACUUUAGAGCAUCAGCUGGAGCGAGCUCGAGCCGCUCUGCAGGACGAAUUGAGGACCAGAUGGGAAGACGACGUGGAGAAAGACAAAGACCUGCACGACGUGAAGGAAAAGAACACGAAACUGGCUGAGACGCUCAACCAAGUGACCACGGAUGUGAAAAACUACCAAGUGGAGCUCAAGUCGAAGGAGUCGGAGCUGCAGAGUCUGCGGAAGGACGUCACCAUCAAGACAACUCAGAUCAGCGUCAUGGACAAGAACCUGCAGCAAACAAGGAGCCUGCUUGAAAACAAGAAUGACUUGGUGGCGGACUUGGAGGAGAAGCUCCAUCGCUGCGAGGCAGACAAACACAACUGCGUCCAGAAGGGUCAGCAUCUCGAGGGCCAGCUGCACACCCUCCUUGUUGGAGAUCAGAAUCCCAUCAGCAGCGACUGGAGACGUUACUGCGGGGACUUGAAAAAGCUCAUUCAGCUCCUUGUUGGAGAUCAGCGAGUUUUGUUUCAACCAUUGGACACGUGCAUUCAUAAGUCGAGAGGUCAUUUUAGGUUCAUCCUUAAAAUAUACCAGAAAGCCCAAAUCCCGAUGUAUUUUGAGGUGAACAUUUCCCGCAGCGCUCCUGAGCUUUCAAAUCCGAAUGCCGGCGUGUUUCAGGAAUCCCAUCAGCAGCGACUGGAGACGUUACUGCGGGAACUUGAAAAAGCUCAGCGUCACUGCAAAGCUCUCACGUCACAACUGGACGCCAUCAAGCUGCAGGAGAACGAGUUGGACGGGAGGCUGAGGCAUGCAGAGGAGGAGCUGGCUUUGAAGGAGACGCGCUGGCGGCAAUCAGAGGCCAAAUUGCAGAAUGCGGUCGCUUCUUUGGAGCAGGAGCUGGAUCUGGAGCGGAAUCAACACGACAAGGAGCUGGAGUCCCUGCAACAGACUCGAGGUCAGCUCCUCAAAGUGUCCUCGCACAUGUCAUCCUCGCAGGAGAAGCUCACCUCGAAGCUCCGGCAGCAGGAGAUCCAGCUGGACCAGGCCAAAACCCAGCUGGAGCAGACUAAGAUGGAGUUGGACCGCACCAAGGCCCAAGCCGGUCAUCUCCAAACUCAGUUAGAGGAGAGUCAGAGCGGGCUCCUGCGCACUCAGACUCAGCUGGAGAGGAGCCGCAAGUUGUACGAGAAAGUCAAGGCUCUGAACGGUCAGCUCCAAAUGCAGCUGGAGCAUCUCGGUGCUCAGUCGAAAGAAGCCGGAGACCAAGCGGCUCAACUCCACGCUCCGCUUGAAUCCUCUCAGAGGUCCGUAGAGACCUCUGGUGAGUCCCUACUCAUCAAGGAGUCUGAGAUGACUCGUCUCCAACCAAAGAUCUCCAGUCUGAAGCGUGCAGCUGAACAUCACAUUCCAUCCUUCUGCAAUUCCAUCGGCUCCCUGUCAUCCAUCCAGCCAUGGAUACACCCCCAAGAGGACACCUCAUCCUCGCACCACCCUCCUUCCUGUCCCAGUAUGCAUCCAACGACCAGCAUCUCUCCAUCACUCGCUCACAGGACGUCACUUCCCUCCCAAAGCACAACCUCGCCUCCAUCCGAUGCAGGCCUUGAGCUGCUUCUCCAGAGCUGUAGCAACGACCUGUCCCUCGAUCUCCCCCCAAGCCUCAAGGCUACUCUGAAGGAAGCGCUGAGUCAGCAGCCGUGGGAGUCGUCCGACUCGGACUCGGUGGACCGCAGCUGGCAGGCGCUCAGCAGCACCGAGCCGCCAUCGAGCUGUGACCUCUCCUUUGACCCCCUCACCUACAUGCCGGAAGACACCAGCGCCAGUUCAGAGCAGACCAUCACGGAGGAGGGAGAAGACGAGCGGGGAGGGGUGGACACCCCGGAUGAGCACAUGAGCUCAUUGAAGGGAAUGUUGCGAUUCGUCAAUCAGACUUUAGCCAAUCAGGAGGAUCCGUCCGUCCUUGCGGAGCUCCCCGGGGUCGUUGCGGAGUGAACGUAGCCUCCAGACUAGCCUGACACGAUAAGAUUGUAAUCCAUUGUGGCCGAGGAUGUGCACCAUCAGCUGUCUCCGGCCUGCCAGUGGGGCCUACUGUCACUUCCUGUUCAAUGAGAGCAUUUGCCAUGCUGCCACUUUAGCACCAGUUAGGCAUUCUGACAUCAACAAAUAACCUCAGUACAUGUUCGAAUGCCAGUUUGUUGUAUGAAAAAAGAGACCAAGACUCAGCAUCAUUUUAAAACCUCCAUGAAUGUAACCCGUAAUUUUUCUCGCUUUCUAGCUGCAGCUUGUUGGUUUUGUGCACACACUGAUAUGAAUUUGGGCUUCUUUUAUUGUUCCUCCCUAUAUGGCUUUGUUUCUGUACAAUGUAAACACACCCCUUGUGUCAAUAAUGUAUACGAACCCCACACACGGGUCUCAAUGAAGAUUUGUCUGCUUCAGCUGUGCCUGAGUGGACAAUAAAUGUUUAGACAGGCGUCAAUGGGUUUUGCUUUCUGUUUGGCAUUUUGCUGGCUCAGGCUCAUUUCAGCAAGACAAGAAAAGUUAUCUUCUGCUUGGCCGUGGGAUAUUUUGGCAAACACCUGGGAACUGUUUUGAAUUGCAGAUAAGACAGUUUAGCUUCACGCUAACAUACUGCGAAACGCCAUAGAUUUGCUCACAAAUAGCAUCUACAAUAUGCUAUUUAUAGGUUAUAACCUUUUACGCAACAGAUAUUUGAACUCCAAUGGUGGCGCAACCUAUGUAGACAGAUAAUAGAGCAAUACUCUUGAUCAUCUACAAAGAAUCACAAAUAUUACUGCAGCUUCCUGGGUAGUUUUUACCAGGUUCAUGUGCUUCCAUCUGUCUAUAUUAUAUUAUACUGCCCCUAGGUAGCAAAGUCAAAGUGAAUCAAAAAAAAAAAGUAGCAAAAACAUUCUGUUCAAUAGUGUCCUUACUGUAUGUUUUUAUAUAGUACAAUGUACUGUUAUAGGAUUGUAUUUAAUAAAUAUUUUUGGAACUAUUUCAGUGAAAUUAGAUACGUGGGACACACCGGUUGGAAGUCCAGGUUUAGGGGAUACAAAUGAGUGUGGUCCAUAAAGUGGAAAGCGAGCAGUGUUUCCCAACCUUUAUUAGAAUUACUUUUGUAAAGAUAACAAAGUAUUGCCGCACAUAUUCCUACCUUAAGGCACACACGCACAAGACCUCUUUAAGCUCAAAAGCAAACAGCCGCCGUGCUAACAUUGCUCGUCUGUGUUUCAGGUGAACUCAGUGGACUUUGUACCCUCCCUGUUUGAACACAUUUUAUAUCCGGAAAAAGAGCAGGACGUUGCCACCAUUUGCCAUCAUUCACUUUAUUAAACGCAGGCCCCGUGUGUGUUUUAAUAAAACAGCAUCUG